UGUGCUUUGGAGGGUGGGUCUAAAACGCAGGUUCUUUCUUUUCUGGAUGAACAGGACAUCUCCUAAACCUGCACCUUUUAGGAAAGUGGUUGCUCAAUCAUUUAAGCUUCUAAAAGACAAGUAAAGUCAAAAGUGGCCACCAUGUCGGAGAAAAAAGCUGUCAUAAAGAACGCAGACAUGUCCGACGAAAUGCAGCAGGACGCAGUGGACUGUGCCAUGCAAGCCAUGGAAAAAUACAAUAUAGAGAAAGACAUAGCUGCUUAUGUCAAAAAGGAGUUUGACAAGAAGUACAACCCCACCUGGCACUGCAUUGUCGGAAGAAACUUUGGAAGUUAUGUGACACAUGAGACGAAGCAUUUUAUUUAUUUCUACCUCGGGCAAGUGGCUAUUCUGCUCUUUAAGUCCGGCUAACAAAUGAAUGUCCAACCUGUCAACUACAUCACAGACAUGCCUACCUCUUCAGUCCUCCUAUUUGGGCCUAAGGAGGUCCCUGAAACAUAGGAUCUCUGGAAAGUACAUUUUUUCAUGUUAACUUAUUUUGAUGAUAUGUAAGCUGCAGAACUGGUAUUUGUUGGAACUGUCUCAUUUUCAAGAAGCUGUUGCUUCAUACAAAAUGUUUCUAUAAAUGUGCACAAUAUUGUUUCCAAUUUUGUUGUCUUUUUUUUUUUAUCAUGUAAUCAUGUAGCUGCAGGAAUAUAAGUUUGAUUGCUGUUGUCUUUUGUAAUAUUUCAUGCAGC